AUGUCUCAUGGCACCACCACCCUGGCCUUCAUGUUCCAGGGGGGAGUGAUAGCUGCAGCAGACACACGGUCCAGCUGCAAUGGGCUGGUUGCCUGCCCAGCCUCGCAGAAGAUCCUGCCUGUCCACUCCCACUUGGUGGGCACCACCUCGGGCACAUCUGCCGACUGUGCCCUAUGGAAGAGGAUACUGGCUCGGGAGCUCCGGCUUUACCAGCUCCGCCAUGGCAGAAGGCUGUCCACAGCUGGCGCUGCCAAGCUACUAGCCCACAUGCUGCACCCGUUUAAGGGCACUGAACUGUGUGUGGCAGCCACUCUGUGUGGUUGGGACGGAGUGCUCUCUGGCCCCAGCUUGUACUACGUCUGCAGUGACGGGACUCGCCUGCAGGGAGCGCUGUUCUCUGUGGGCUCUGGCUCGCCCUAUGCCUACUCUGUGCUGGAUGGAGGGGUACGGUGGGGGCUGACGGUGGAGGAGGCCAUCUCACUGGCCAGAGAGGCUGUGUACAGGGCCACACACAGGGAUGCAUACUCUGGGAACUGUGUGGAUGUGUACCAUAUCACCUCACAUGGGUGGACUCGCAGGGACAGAGAGGAAUUGAGAGAGGAGUAUUACAGAGAGAAGGAGAGAGAAAGAGUGAAGGUGAAGGAAAGGAGGGAGAAACAGGAAGGAGUGGAAGAUGGGCAGAGCAGUGGUAGAAAGAAGUGAAACUAAAGAAGGCAAAAGAGAGUUGGAAAUAAAGGCUUAGAAGAAGAAAGAAAACAAGAAACCUAAGUGACCAAUAAUUGUACCCUACAGUGUUUUACUGAGAUUGUUUGUAGACUGAUGAAUAUUGAUCCUUUUUAUGACAUUGGAGGUCAUGUGUUAAUUUAUGUUCAAAAUCAGAUUGUGGACAAGAUU